AUGGCUGCCUUGAAGAAGUUUUUCAUAAAGCAGAAGCUAGCUAAAAAGCAGAAGCAGAAUCGACCUAUGCCUCAGUGGGCACGAAUGAAAACAGGCAAUACGAUGAAGUAUAACGCCAAGAGGCGCCAUUGGAGACGUACCAAGCUGAAGCUGUAA